ACAACUGUGGUAAGAGAUUAAGAGAUGUAAAACACUCAACUGCUACAUUGCGCAUGUUCGUUUUCCAGAAGAAAAAAAAUCUAGCUCGCGUUGUAGCAUGAAAUGUACCUAUUGCGGUGCAUCUUAAAUAUUCGCAGAAAACAGUUAUUUCAAGUUCGAAAUAUACAUGUUUUAUAGUUGUGGAUUUAAAUUUCCUGCAAAAUACGAGCUAAUCUUGAAAAUAUCACAGUGUGAACCAUUUGCUAUACUAGAGUGCAUAUGUAAACAAACUAAUAUAAACUGAUAAACACAGGAUAAAACUCAUUAUCUUUAGUUGUUUUUAUUUUCAAAUCGAGAAAAAACAGCAAAGACAUGACUUUUGUGACACCGACUUUGAUUUUACUGUUGAUGACGUGUGCCUGGAAUGUGGAGGUAAAUGCGCUUUUGAAGCGGAGACUCAACACACUUGAGACCAGAGUGAACAGUAUAGAAAUGCGUGUUAAUACCGACAAUGAACUGACAAGAAGUACCUUAACUGCCAUGAGACAAGAUGUCCAAGCCAUAAAUACCUCUAUUAUCAUUCUUGAAGAUCAGGCCUGCGUGUGUUCAAAUGUGAGAGAUGAAAAUGAUGGAACAAUAAAGCAGAAUCUGGGACAGUCUGUUGUUGUUUCCCAACAGAGCAAAACUCUAAUCAACAAAGGAUUUGUAGAUGAGAAGAAAUGGGUGAGAAAAAAAGUAAAGAUCAUUGAAAAAGAAAUGCAUAAAGUCAUCAAUCAGGUUGGAAAUAAUAACGAUAUGAUUGCGGAAACAGUCACAAGAAUGCAGGACAAGGAAAAUGACCUAGACAGAAAACUGAAUGAGGCCAUUUCAGAGGUAAUGACAAAUUGCAGUUCUGAAAUCAUAAAUCAGGUAGGAAUAAAUAACGAUAUGACUGCGGAAACAGUCACAAGAAUGCAUGUCUUGGUUGAUAAACUAGACAGGAAAUUGGAUGAAACCAUUUUUGAUGUAAUGACAAAAUACAGAGCUGAAAUCAGAAAGAGAGAUGAGAAAAUUGACGUGCAACAGGUUGAAAUAAACGAUCUGAAACAGAUGGUAGAUAAAAUGAAAGAAGUGUUAGAGAAUCUACCCUGUACUGAUGGCUGGACAAAAUUUCAAUCAUUUUGUUACUUAUAUAUUAAUGAAAAUAAGACCUACGUCUCAGCACGCGAAACAUGCCUUAAAUUGGGGGCGAGUGUAGCGGAUAUUCAAAGUUUGUCCGAAAACGAAUUUGUUUACAAGUUAUGUGGAAACAACGGACAUACAUGGAAUCAAAAUUGGAAUGAAGGAAACGUGUGGAUAGGACUCAGCGAUGGAGAAACGGAAGGUGUAUGGAUAUCUGAUAGAACUAGAGAAAAGAGUACAUACAUGAACUGGCGACCUGGUGAACCUGGGGGUUCUUCUCACCAAAACUGCCUGAUAAUGGGAUAUGUAGCACCGUUUGACCAAUGGAAUGACUGGCCAUGCGACAAUACUGAUGUACAAGCUCAGUUCGUUUGCAAGAAGGAAGUAUAACACAAUGUCAUGUAAAAGCUUCAGCUGUUGCAAACAGAUAACGUCCAUUAAUUUUGUCUCAUGUUACUUAUACGCAUUUCCGAAGAAAAGUUUAACAUGGAACUUUUUGCACCGGUAAUUACCUAUGAGUCAACCUAAUUAAUUUCAGUCAAAUAUUACAUACAUCUUUCGUCCAAGUUCCAACGUUAGAGAUUAGUCCCAUAAUGAAAAAGUUUCUUAAAAGCUACACUUAUUUUAUUUAUUCAGUUUUCUUAUUUUUCAUAUAAGAGAGUUUAUUGUUUAUAUUGUGAUUAUAAUUUGUGGUUUGUUUACAUAAAUAUUGCAAAUUAGUCUAUAAACGCAUUGUUAAAAUCAUCAUUGUUUUGUUAACACGUAAUUCUUAUACAUGUGUAUGAAAAUGAUAAUAAAAAAGUAGAACUCCCCCCCCCCCCCCCCCCCCCCCAAAAAAAAAACCAAAAAACAAACAACUAGAUUUUCUUCUUAUGUACUUAAAUUCAUGUUUAUAAUUGGAUGUUAGUUCAACAUGUCAGAUAUUAUAAAAAUGCUUUAGUUUGCUAAAAUGCUUUAUAUUGAUUUUAUAAAUCAGGUCAGGGUUAUGUGGUAUAAAAAACAGACAGGAAGCUUCAGCGAAAAAAGAACAGGGUAUAUUGAUAAAUUAUAUUAACUGGCAUAAAUUAAACAUUUUAAGAAGGAAAAUGAAAAACAAGCAACUUCACUGAAUUCAAUGAUUGCACAGAAAGCCACUGUUUUUGAAGGCCUCGGUCAUUUUCCUUGUUUUCAAUGAAAAAGAUCCUAUCGAAAUACUGCACCGUCGAAACUGGUCGGUAGUAUCACAAUAAUGAGUGGAUGGCAUGCAUAAAAAAUAUUAUUGAUGAUUAUUAUCAGUAUUUAGUUUUAUUUUUUCUUGAAAUAUUAUACUGUUUCAUUGUCCGAGCUACAUUUGAAAUUUUACAGGAAAAUAAACUUUAUUUUGUCCUUUUACGAAAACAGUUUGACUAUUGUACAUGAUGCUUGUAAUAUUUAUGCGCUGAUAUAUAUUUAAAUGUCAUAACUGUUUUAUUGAUUAAAGGUAAUUUUGGCUCAUCUGUCCUCUUUUAAUCAGAUUCAAAGGAGUCACAAGUAUUCAAUGUAUUACAAUUAUCUGAUCCAUGUUGAAACUGGAAGCUGGUGUUUUUGUUAAAGAUAUACCAGAUCCAAAUUUUAUACAUGAAAACGUGAACAGUUACAAUAUCAGAAUUUAUUUCAAUAUAAAACCAACAAGUCAAGAUUAUGUGCAUCAAUAGUACUGUGCAUUAUGUUUAACCUUUAGCCUGAUGGUGGCAAGUGGUUUUGCCUUUGCGACCAAUGCAGAUCAGCUUGCACAUCUGUGAACUCCUCUUUCAGUAAUAAAUGGUAGUGCCUUUAUGGAAUUAUGGACGAGUCCAUUCUGGAAAUUUCAGGGUAAAGGUUAAAACAGUGUACAAUUAACUCUCUCAUAAAUAAAUGCACAUAUGAAGGUGUAUCACCACUAAAAUCUUGGAAGCUUUUUUACCAAAUGACUGUUACCGCAUGACAUUUAUUUAUUAAUACAGCGCUGUACAGACAAUUAACAUAAUAUAUUCUAAAAUAGUAAAGAUAAAUACAUGUGAUGAGGAUUUUCUACAUCUGAAGUAAUUGUCUAUAAAAUAAAUAGUUCAGAGAAAAAUGGGCAUUUGAUAUCUAUAAGCAUGAUAUGUGUAUUUCUUAAAAUUCAAUUAGCUGCCGUUAUCUGAUUUAACAAUGUAGAUAGUAUUAAUAUUAGUAGAUUUAUUUUGUAUAUAAGUCUCUUGUAAUUCUUUCAUAGAAUGGUCAUAUACAAUCAGCUUUUUAUAUCAAAUUUUACUAUAAUAUUUUUACUGUAUACUGUAUAUGAAAUAAACUGAAAUAAACGAUAAAAGUCUC